UUGUAAAGAAAUAUCCUUGUCUGAAGGAACCUGGCUCCUUCUCAGGCUACUAUGGCUGGCAACAAAGCCUCAAAUACAAGAUGGCAAAUUAUCGCACCAAACUCAGAGGCUACGGUGUUCCUGAGGUGAUGUGCAAUGCGUUGAAGCGCAAGAGCCCUGGAGACCAGAAAUCUGCAAAGAACGUGAAAAAGCCUCGAAAGGCAGAAGUAAACUACCUCCCACCUUACCCAGCAGGAGAGGAUGAGGAAAGUCAAGAACAGGACAGGAUUCAAUUGCUAACUGAAGUAAGGAAAAGAGACAACAAAAAACUGAUCAAAGAAAAGAUGGCCCAAACUUUUGCACACCGAAGAAAUGAAAUCGUUAACCAAUCACCCGCCAUAGAGGACAUCAAAGCCAGGUGGCCAGCUCUAUUUGAGGCAUCUAAUAUCCAGGAUGAGUUUCUCAGAAUUACAACAGUGCACCUGGAAUCGAAGUUCAUGUCCAAGCUGGAUGAACACUCUCCCAGGCUUCUGAGCCUCUUCCACUCAAAGGGCGGGGCCAUGGGAUUGAGGUUACAGACUAUCCUACUGAAGGCUCCUGGCAAUCCGAACAUCGACAUAACCAGAGAUGUUGUCAUCCGGUGUCUGAUGGUUUACCUUGGGGAAUCUGAUGAUCAGCUCUUUAAAGAGUAUGAUGAUGCAGAUCAAGACAGUGUGGCACAGGACCUUGCUGUACAAGGGAUGACAAUAUACAGCACCCAGAUGAAUCUGUCAGAGGGAAUAGAGGACAUCGGAAUUGUCAUAGAUGGAUCAAAGGUCUUGACCGCUCUGGGUUGGGUGUCUUCGUCUAAGUUCACACAGUCGCCCGCCAGCACCAACCACUUCGAACCUUCAACCAGUUUUCCUGCUCACAACCACCCGCUGGAGGAACACACCCUGGUUAUCGAGCUCUAUCAGUCAGAACGUGAAAAUAGCGAACCAGACGACCGGUGUCGCAGGCCUCCCAGAGCGGGAGCGGGCGUGUGGCUGCUUUGCUGA